AUGGGCUCACAGGGCAUAAUAGCUUACCGUCCGGCGAUCGGACUAACCAUAACCGAUCCCAACACUAAAACUACAUACAUUCUCCAAAAAGUAAUCGGUAACUCCGGUUAUGAUUUCGUCUACAAAGCCUGUUACUACAAUCCCAAUUACUCAAUCAACGGUAGUCUCCUUCCUUCCGGUUACGUCUCUGUAAAACACCUCAAUCAUAGUAAAGAAACCACGCGUAGCAAAGCACAAGAACGGCUAAAUGAUCAGAAUGAAAACAUUCUUCACGUAGACGUUUGGUACGUUCGUAAAUUCCAAAAGGGAUUUCUUUCUGCAUUGCCUUAUAUGUCUGAAGGAUCGUUGCGGUAUAUGCUAUCCACUCGAUUUCAUUACGGUUUACCUGAGGAUUGUAUUGCUAUUGCUCUUAAAGAAGCGCUUUACGGUUUGUUUGAUAUUCAUGAUUCGGGUCGGGUUCAUAAGUCGUUUAGUGCUGAGGAUAUUUUUGUGAAUUAUAAGUCGAGGCCAGUUUCGACGGUUGAAAUCAAGUUGGCCUAUGCUGCAACGACUUAUGAAUCGAAUCUUGAAACUCCUAUUUUUGUCAAUGAAGCUGUAAAUCCGAGAUUCGAACGUGGUGAACCUUCGGUUCCACCACUAUCGAUAAUAUCAGAAUGGGGUUCUGCACCUGAAGUAUACUAUACGAGAUAUGAUGAUUCUGAUUCGGAUGAUGAUAAUCGAAAUCCAGCUUAUAGAAGACAAGAAGAUGAGAGUUGCUACUCUGGUAAAUCCGACAUCUGGCUAGUGGGAAUAGCUGCAUUGGAAUUGGCAUAUGGAAAUAUACGAGUCAGCCAUCGUUCAGAAUUUGAGUCUAUGAUCAAGAAGAUAAGGAGGGCAAAAAAACUGCCAGGAAAGUUGGAGGAUCUGCUGGGGGAGAUUAAUGCUGAAGAGGUAGGUGGGAAAAUGAAGAAAGCUAUGGGUUAUGUUAAGGACAAGAUGAAAUCAGUGAAAAAGCAAAGGGACAGGGUGUUUACUAAAGGUUUUGAGGAGUUGGUUAUGGACUGUCUUUCGACAAAAGAAUCAAAGAGGCCAGCAGUUCAGGAGCUAUUGCAGAGGCCUUUUUUUCAGAAUGCUAAGGACUUGAAGUGGUUUCAACGUCGUGUGUUAAAUGCCAAGAAUCCAAUGCCAAAUGCUGAUAAUGAUUGA